AUGGCAGGUGGGCUCGAGUUGGUCAUGGCAGGCGGGCUCGAGCUGGUCAUGGCAGGCGGGCUCGAGCUGGUCAUGGCAGGCGGGCUCGAGUUGGUCAUGGCAGGCGGGCUCGAGUUGGUCAUGGCAGGCGGGCUCGAGCUGGUCAUGGCAGGCGGGCUCGAGUUGGUCAUGGCAGGCGGGCUCGAGUUGGUCAUGGCAGGCGGGCUCGAGUUGGUCAUGGCAGGCGGGCUCGAGCUGGUCAUGGCAGGCGGGCUCGAGUUGGUCAUGGCAGGCGGGCUCGAGUUGGUCAUGACAGGCGGGCUCGAGUUGGUCAUGGUAGGCGGGCUCGAGUUGGUCAUGGCAGGCGGGCUCGAGUUGGUCAUGGCAGGCGGGCUCGAGUUGGUCAUGGCAGGCGGGCUCGAGUUGGUCAUGGCAGGCGGGCUCGAGUUGGUCAUGGCAGGCGGGCUCGAGUUGGUCAUGGCAGGCGGGCUCGAGUUGGUCAUGGCAGGCGGGCUCGAGUUCUACCCCCUGGCCGGCGAUCCCAAGGCAGACAUGGUGAAGAACAAGGGCUUCCUGCCAUCGAGCAGCGCAGAGGUAGUACAGCAGUGGCAGCAGCUCGAGUCCAUCAUCUUCUCCACCUGGCCCGCCUGCACCCACCCCGACCUCGCCAGCAACGGCACCCCCUUCCGUGCCGAUGCCAUCAUCGCCAACCCCCCCGUGUAUGGUACGUGUGUGCCCGCCAUCAUCGCCCAACCCUCCUGUUUACGGUCACACCAUAGUGGCGGAGGCCCUGCAAGUGCCCCUUCACAUGUUCUUCACAUGGCGUGGAGGUACGCUCUGCCGUGGAGGUACGCUCUGCCGUGGAGCAUGACGGCAGAGUACCCGCGUCCCCUGGCUGGCGAGAUGCCCGCCUACACAGGCUAUGAGAACCAGCUAUCGUACGUGGUGGUGGAGGGGCUCAUGUGGCUGGGCGUGCGGGACUUUAUCAACAGUUUCCGCAAGAAGCUCAAGCUGCCGCCCAUCCUGCUGCGCAACCACCCUAAGAUGCGCAUCCCCUUUGGCUACAUCCGGAGCCCCACGCUCGCCCCCAAACCCCAUGCAACUUGUCAUCCGCCCCUGCUCUCUGAACCCCAACCGCCAGACUGGGGCAACCCGAUAGACGUGGUGGGCUUCUGUUUUCUCAACCUGGCGGACCACUACUCGCCCCCAGCGUACAUCCAACAGUUUCUUGACUCCGGCCCGGCCCCCGUCUUCAUCGGCUUUGGUAGCUUGCCGGUGUCAGACCCCAAGGGGCUGACACAGAAGUUGGUGGAGGCAUUGCAGCGCAGGGGGCAGCGCGGGAUACUGCAGGAGGGCUGGGGGGAGCUGGGCAAGACUCACUCUUUGUAUCUCCUCUCCUUCACCCUUCUCUCGUUCUCCCCCACGCUAGUGGAAGCACCCAACCCCAACGUGCUGGUGAUCGGCAACUGCCCGCACGACUGGCUGUUCCCUCGCUGUCGGGCUGUGCUGCACCAUGGGGGGGCGGGCACCACUGCUGCUGGGCUAAACGCAGGGCCAUGCAGGGCUGUGCUGCACCAUGGGGGGGUGGGCACCACUGCUGCUGGGCUCAAGGCAGGGGUGAGUGGUGUAUGCAUGGUUGCAGUGGUGGGGCAAGGCAGGGGCGA